AUGUAUCCGCUGUCGCUAGUGUUGGUGCUGACAUUCGCUCAAAUCGUGCUGGUGUUCGUGGGGGACCGGGGAGCGACCGGAUCGCGGCCCGGCUCCAGCCACCGGCUGGACGUGUACAUAGCGGGCUUCUUCCCGUACGGCGAGGGCGUGGAGAACAGUGAUAUUGGGCGCGGUGUCAUGCCGAGCGUGAAGCUCGCGCUCGACCACGUGAACGAGCACUCGACCAUCCUGCGCAACUACCGACUGCACAUGUGGUGGAACGACACGGAGUGCAAUGCAGCCGUGGGCAUGAAAUCGUUCUUCGACAUGAUGCACUCCGGACCGCAUAAGCUGAUGCUGUUUGGGGCGGCCUGCACCCACGUGACGGACCCCAUCGCCAAAGCCAGCAAGCACUGGCACCUGACGCAGCUGUCGUACGCCGACACGCACCCGAUGUUCACCAAGGACGCGUUUCCGAACUUUUUCCGCGUGGUGCCGUCGGAAAACGCGUUCAAUGCGCCCCGGUUGGCGCUGCUGAAAGAGUUCAACUGGACGCGCAUCGGCACCAUCUACCAGAACGAGCCGCGGUACUCGCUGCCGCACAAUCACAUGGUCGCCGACCUGGACGCGAUGGGGCUGGACGUGGUCGAGACCCAGAGCUUCGUGUACGAUGUGGAGGAAUCGCUGCGCAAGCUGCGCGAGAAGGACGUCCGCAUCAUCUACGGCAACUUCAACGAGUUCUGGGCCCGCCGUGUGUUUUGCGAGGCGUUCAAGCUGGACAUGUUCGGCCGGUCCUACCAGUGGCUCGUGAUGGGCACGUACGGGAACGAGUGGUGGGCGGAGAACGACACCGACUGUUCGGUCGACCAUGUCACGACGGCUCUCGAGUCGACGAUUCUUGUGGACCUGUUACCAUUGUCCACCAGCGGGGACAUCACCAUUUCCGGCAUCACAGCCGAUGAGUAUCUGACCGAGUACAACAGCCGUCGGGGUGGCGAAUAUUCGCGCUUUCACGGCUACACUUACGAUGGGAUCUGGGCCGUUGCCAGCGCCAUUCAGUACGUGUCCCAGCGUAAGGAACAUUCCCUGACACACUUCGAGUAUCGCGUGAAGGACUGGGAGGACAUAUUUUUAGAAGCUCUCAAGAACACCAGCUUCGAGGGAGUUACGGGACCGGUGCGGUUCUACAACAACGAACGGAAGGCCAGCUUUUUGCUGAAGCAGUUCCAGAACGGCGCGGAGGUGAAGAUAGGGGAGUACAGCUCGCUCACCGGGCGGCUGGAUCUUAGUUUGGGCCAUCCGAUGAAAUGGGUCGGUCGGAGUCCACCGAAGGACCGAACGUUGCGCAUUAUAGAGCACAGUCAGGUGAACAUCACCAUCUUCGUCGUGCUCGCGAGCACCUCCUGCGUGGGCAUCAUUAUGGCGACCGUGUUUCUCGCCGUCAACAUCAAGUUCCGCAACCAAAGGUACAUAAAGAUGUCCAGUCCACACUUGAAUAAUCUCAUCAUCAUCGGAUGCAUCCUCACGUACUUGAGUGUCAUAUUUCUCGGGCUCGACAGCGGUCUGAGCAGUGUGGCUGCUUUCCCGUACAUCUGCACAGCGAGAGCCUGGCUGCUGAUGGCCGGUUUCAGUUUGGCAUUCGGCGCCAUGUUCUCCAAAACAUGGCGCGUGCAUUCCAUCUUCACCGACCUGAAGCUAAACAAGAAGGUGAUUAAAGACUACCAGCUGUUUAUCGUCGUUGGUGUGCUGCUGGCGAUCGAUCUCGCGAUCAUGACGACCUGGCAGAUAGCGGACCCAUUUUAUCGCGAAACGAAGUACAUCGAACCAUCGGAACACCCCACUCUCGAGGACGUGAUCAUAGUGCAGGAGAACGAGUACUGCCAGUCGAGCAAAAUGACCAUCUUUAUCGGGGUCAUCUACGCAUACAAAGGGCUGCUGUUAAUCUUCGGUGCCUUUCUCGCCUGGGAAACCCGCCACGUGUCCAUACCGGCGCUGAACGACUCAAAGCACGUCGGCCUUUCCGUGUACAACUGUGUGAUCAUGUGCGUGAUGGGGGCGGCCAUCGCACUCGUGCUGUCCGACCGAAAGGACGCCAUGUUCAUACUGAUAUCCGUUUUCAUCAUUUUCUGCACGACGGCCACACUCUGCCUGGUGUUUGUGCCGAAGCUGGUAGAGCUGAAACGCAACCCGAGCGGGGUGGUAGAUAAAAAGGUACGUGCCACGUUACGUCCCGUAUCGAAAAACCGGCGUGAUUCGUCCGCCUGCGAACUGGAGCAGAGAAUGCGCGACGUUAAGCAGACCAACUGCCGCUUCCGGAAGGUGCUGAUGGAGAAGGAAGCGGAGCUGCAGGCGCUCAUCAAACGGCUCGGCCCGGAAGCCCGUGCCUGGAUUGGGCUGGAGGCGUCCUCGUCCGAGCCGGACAUUAACAAGGAAUCGGUGAAGGUGCAAGUAAAAAAGGAUUAUGCCAGCGAAGGAACUGACUUCACCUCCAUCGGCAGCGUAGGCUCCAGCAAUGACACACUGGAUUCAGCCGGGCCCGAAAGUCGUAAGCAAAAGAAAACGACCCUGAUCCUGCCUGGGGAGGAGGUACCGACGGGUGCGGUUGCAACGUCUGGAUCGCGUGCCAAUCUGGCGACGGCCAUUACAACGAUGGCCGUGGGAGCCGGUGCCGGAGUGGCAUCUAUUGCGGCGGCAACGACUGCCUCGGUCGGGCAGGUGCAAUCCAAUCAGGCUACGCAGGCUACCAACACCGUGCACACUGCAGCAGCACAAUCAGCCACCGGUGCAAUAAAUAAUGCCAAGUCGACUCAGGCAACCGCAGCACAGACUAUCAACGUCAGUACGAGCGUGCCGGUCGAUCCGAGUAAACCAAUGUUCAACGACGUCCGACGGGAGUCCGUGUCGGCCAGCUCGAAGUGGUCACCGGGACAGUCGCUGCAUCAAACGCAGCAACAAACGCAAACAGUGGAACAGCAUCGGUACUACGAGGACGAACGGGCGACAAACGGUCCUACGUCGGUCGCGAAAUUUAGCACGCAAGCGAACAGCAGUUCCACGACCUCAAUCACACAUUCCAACACGGAACUGAAUCAAUUGUGCCAUCACUCGAAAGCGAGCAGCAAGAGUAGAGGAGACAUGAGCAGCGACGGAUCAAGGCGCGUCAGUGUGCAGAUGUCAUCCUCGCUGAAAGGAAACUUUGUCGUUUCCCAAAGUGAUCUUUGGGACACGCACACGUUGUCCCAUGCUAAGCAGCACCAGCGACAAUCGCCACGUUCACAUCAGGGCUCGAAUCGCUGUCCUGACCACGGACAUAUUAACCAAACCCAACAACAACCACAGCAGCAGCAACAGCAACUGCACGCUCAGCAGCAAUACGAAUAUGACAAUAGUGCAACCACCUCCCCAGGGCCGAUCCAGCGAAGCGUGUCGGAAAAGAAUCGCACCAAGCAUCGGCACAAACAGCAGCACAAAAGUACGGCGUGCCAGAGCGAAACCGACAGCGAACGAGAACAGCGUGACUAUCAGACCUUCUCGUCGUCCAUCUGCUCCACGGCCGCCAGCUCGACGGCAACCGUCUCCAUGGUCGGCAGUACGGCCGGUGGCGCCAGUGUCAGUGCUGGCGGGUACGUUACCCCGACCAAGAUGUCGUCACGAAGACUGACCAAGUCGCAGCACUCGCAUCACCAUUCGACACCCAACGUGGCGCCGGGCGUGGAGCGGGCAGGCACGAUGGAUCGCAAACACCGAUCGAGCGAUUCACGCGGCACCGCCGAUGGCAGUACGGGUGGCCACGCAGGUGGCGGCCACAUUAGCAAGCAUCGAAAGAAGGACGGCUCCGCUUCGAAACCGAAUCUGUACGGUGCGUGUUCCGAAUCGGAGCUGCUCGAUGGCGAAACGGCGAUCCUGCCCAUCUUCCGCAAGCUGCUAAACGAGAAGGAGUCUAGAUACCGAGCUAGAAAUAUGGUAGGCGCCAGUUGCCCUAAUAUAUCGAUUAAAUGUGAUAUUGUUGAGUAUUUGUAA